AUGGAGGAAUUGGACGAAUAUCUUAAGCCAAGCCGGAAAGGGGAGGAUGAAGAAGAGGAGGACAAAGAGAACAGAGAGAAUGGCAAUGCGCAUGUCAUAGGGGAUGGUUUACAAAACACAAUUGAAUACAUAAAUCAACAAUUGGAUAUACAUGGUUUCCCGUCUCCACUGAAGUUUUUCGAAAACACUCGUGAAAAUGUGACGCAGGUUAUCCAUUGUAUUCUCAGAAUGCUACAAGAACGACAGAAAGAUUCUGGAUAUCGGGAAGAAUUGAAUGAUCAGUAUCGUCGACUUCUGAGCGAUCAUGAAAUGCUCUCAACAAACAUGAAAAAUUUAAAAACGCGGUUGGAAUUAAGUGAGCGGGAGGUUGAUUCUUUAAAAUCAAAAUUACAGUGGACCGAAGAUAAACGUCGAAUAGAGGCGACGAAAAAUCGAUUAUUAAAUGAUGAUCUAACAAAAACCAAGUUACAAUGUCAAUACACCAAAACUCAAACCGCG